GCCCGGCUCCCAGCCGCCCGCCCUCCCUCCCUCUCCCUGAUGCAGGGGGCCGAGCUCCGGGAUGGCGAGGCGGCGGCGGCGGCCGCUUCGUACCGCGUCCUGAGCCGCCUUCUCGGAUAUGGAGAGGCGGCCCCCGAGCCAGGCCCGCCGCCGCCGCCCCCGGGCCAUGGCCCCCCGCCGCCACCCUUCCUCUCGCGGCCCGGCGCGCGGGGCUCCCGGCCGCCGCAGCUGAUGGUGUUCCGCAACGUGGGUCGGCCGCCGGAGGAGGAGGACGCGGAGGCGGCCCCGGAGCCGGGACCUUCGGAACUGCUGUGUCCCCGGCAUCGCUGUGCCCUGGACCCCAAGGCCCUGCCGCCGGGGUUGGCGCUCGAGCGGACCUGGGGCCCCGCGGCUGGACUAGAGGCGCAGUUGGCGGCUCUAGGGCUUGGGCAGCCGGCGGGGUCGGGGGUCAAGACGGUCGGUGGGGGUUGCUGCCCGUGCCCGUGCCCCCCGCAGCCGCCCCCUCCGCAGCCCCAGCCGCCUGCUGCCACCCCGCAGGCCGGGGAGGACCCCACGGAAACGAGCGACGCGCUGCUGGUACUGGAAGGGUUGGAAUCGGAGGCCGAGAGCCUGGAGACUAACAGCUGCUCGGAAGAGGAGCUCAGCAGCCCGGGCCGCGGAGGAGGAGGGGGCGGCCGGCUUCUGCUGCAGCCCCCAGGCCCCGAAUUACCCCCGGUGCCCUUCCCGCUGCAGGACUUGGUCCUUCCAGGGCGCCUGAGUAGAGGGGAGCAGCAGCAGCAACCUCCCCCGCCCCCACCUCCUCCGGGGCCCCUCCGGCCACUCGCGGCCCCUUCUCGGAAGGGCUCCUUUAAAAUCCGCCUGAGUCGCCUCUUUCGCACGAAGAGCUGCAACGGUGGCUCCGGCGGUGGGGAUGGGACCGGCAAGAGGCCUUCUGGAGAGCUGGCUGCUUCAGCUGCGAGCCUGACAGACAUGGGAGGCUCUGCGGGCCGGGAGCUAGACGCGGGGAGGAAACCCAGGUUGACAAGAACUCAAAGUGCCUUUUCUCCGGUCUCCUUCAGCCCCCUGUUCACAGGUGAAACAGUGUCGCUUGUGGACGUGGACAUUUCUCAGCGGGGCCUGACCUCUCCACACCCUCCAACUCCCCCUCCUCCUCCAAGAAGAAGCCUCAGCCUCCUAGAUGAUAUCAGUGGGACGCUGCCUACAUCUGUCCUUGUGGCUCCGAUGGGGUCUUCCUUGCAGUCUUUCCCCCUACCUCCGCCUCCUCCACCCCAUGCCCCAGAUGCAUUUCCCCGGAUUGCUCCCAUCCGAGCAGCUGAAUCCCUGCACAGCCAGCCCCCCCAGCACCUGCAGUGUCCCCUCUACCGGCCUGACUCAAGCAGCUUCGCGGCCAGCCUUCGAGAGUUGGAGAAGUGUGGUUGGUAUUGGGGGCCAAUGAAUUGGGAAGAUGCAGAGAUGAAGCUGAAAGGGAAGCCAGAUGGUUCUUUCCUGGUACGAGACAGUUCUGAUCCUCGUUACAUCCUGAGCCUCAGUUUCCGAUCACAGGGUAUCACCCACCACACUAGAAUGGAGCACUACAGAGGAACCUUCAGCCUGUGGUGUCAUCCCAAGUUUGAGGAUCGCUGUCAGUCCGUUGUAGAGUUUAUUAAGAGAGCCAUUAUGCACUCCAAGAAUGGGAAGUUUCUCUAUUUCUUAAGAUCCAGGGUUCCAGGACUGCCACCAACUCCUGUCCAGCUGCUCUAUCCAGUAUCCCGUUUCAGCAAUGUCAAAUCCCUCCAGCACCUUUGCAGAUUCCGGAUCCGACAGCUCGUCAGGAUAGAUCACAUCCCGGAUCUCCCACUGCCUAAACCUCUGAUCUCUUAUAUCCGAAAGUUCUACUACUAUGAUCCUCAGGAAGAGGUAUACCUGUCUCUAAAGGAAGCGCAGCUCAUUUCCAAACAGAAGCAGGAGGUGGAAUCCUCCACGUAGCGAGGGGCCCCCUGCUGAUCGCCACCAAGGGCAUUUGGUUGCCAAGCUCCAGUUUUGAAGAACCAAAUGAAGCUACCAUGAAAAGAAGAGAGAGGAAAAACAAGAGGGAACAGGAAGCGUUGGGAUUCUCUGUGCAAAGACUUUGGUUCCCCUUCACAGCUCUGGGCUUGGAAGAAGCACACAACCAUAAUUCUCUGAGUGGGGGCUCCACCGCCCACACCCGCUCCCGUGGUGUCCUGGAACUGGAUGAGCUCCUUGGAAAACUGGAAGAAGUCUCAACACUGUUUCUUUUUCAGAACUUUUGUUUUUGAUAUUUGCAUUUCUUGGUAUGGAAAACUUACCUCGAAGGCAGCUGGGGUUUGUGCCCAUUGGAUUGGAAGUGGUGCAAAGAGUGAGCAGGUCCAAAGAAAGGGCAGGAGAGGAGAGGAGAGGAGAUAGUCGCUAAGCUGGUGCCAAAGGCAGAGUUAGAGUCUCCACCAUGGACCUUGAAGAAGGCAGGAGGAGCCAGAGGAUUGCAAAACAGGAUUGGAAGUGUCUGGGGGAAGGAGAAUCUGCUUCUCAUUGGCAUGGGUAGCUUCAGUAGGAGCAGGAGAGAAAGGAGAGUGGAUGGUCUCGGAGAGAAGAUUAUUGGACAAAAACUGGCAAAUGGCCUUUGCUGGGGCAAGUAGUGACUCCCCACAUCCUUUCCUUUUAAGGUUUAGGAAGCUGAUUUUGGAAUCACCUCUCACGGAAGCUGUAUUAGUUUUGUUUUGCUUAAUUCCUUAAGUUCUGUGACUUGAAAUUAACCCCGUUCUUCCUCCACCCUUAGCCCAUUGCCCCUGGUGAUAACUGUACAUUUCACUGUGGUCAUGGUGACAUCAUUCCUGUUGCUUCUGACAGCUGUCAGGGCAAUAGUAUUUCUCAUCACCUGAGCAGUCCGGAGCCAGUCACAGGCUGCUGAGGUUAAUGGAGCGUGCUUCUAGAUUCUUAAUGGCAAAUGUACCCACAACUUAGGAGUCAGUGUUACUUCCAUGUGUCUGUCAGCUAGUGAGAGGGAAAGUGGAGGAAGGUGAGAAACAAAACUCUGGUAGGUUGUGCUCUUCCUAGAGAAAGCUCUCUAGCAACUCAGCCCUAGUGGGAUUUCCUUAGAUCAGAGGAGGAGAGCCUCACAUCUCAUGUUUUCAGGUGUAUCGUUGUUGUCCUACUUCUGGGAUGGGAGGUGGCAAGGGCUCCUUUAUUUUCCCAUGUUCAGUCUAGCAAGCCAGACAUUUCCUGCAUCAGAUCUGUUGGCCGUCCAUUCACUGGGAUGUCUGUUAGAUGCUGACUUGAGAGUCGUCUUGCAGGUAGAUGAGGAGGGGGAGAAAAACUCCGAUGGUCUUUGUUUCUGCAGCUGGCUGUUGCCACAUCACACAGUGCUAUGACUGUGCUUUCCUUUAGUGUUACUCUGGGGACAGGUUUGCUAUUGAAAUGUGACAAUUGAGCUGUGGGGUCUUUAUUACUCUUGCAGUAAGUUUCUGUGAGACUGCCUCAUUUGGGUUCCCCAUACUUGUAUCUGCCUCAUCUUGCGAGAUAAAUAAUGUCAGGUUUGUGGUUUCCUGAUGGUUUGGGUGAGGCCCCAGUGUCUUGGUAAUUUGUAGAACUGCCUCACCUGGAAGCUUUGGCCUUCUGCCUUAUGUCCUACAUGGAGGGACCAGUCUUCCUCCUAGUAGCUGAACAGGGAGGAAACUUGCAUCAUUACCGGUAAAGAGGUGGCCUGUAAGAUGAGCUUUGCAGCAUAAACACAGCCCAUCUCUGAUUUGUCAUGUGGUACCUCUUCUCUCCUUGGCUUCCAUGACAAUAUUAUCAACUGAGUAAGAUUGUGAUCCCAGAAUUGGCUUAUCCUGUGAGUCUUGCCUCUUGAGAGUGCAUGUAACUCCAUUUUUCAGAAAAAUACCACCCCACUGUAGAGCCUGAAGUCUAGAAUCCAUUGAGAUCCUCAAGGGGCUGAUAUGCAACCUGGGAUCUUUUUUAUUUGUCCCAUUUCAGCCACCCAUAAUUUUAAAAUUACUUUUUGGUGUGUGUUUGCCUGGCUCUGGACUAGAUACUGUGGAAAACCUAAGAGGUAGAAGACAUCUGUGGCCUAAAGGGAGCUUUUAGGUACCUGCCACACACGAAGCAGUUGGAGAGUGACUCAUUGUGGCAGAAAAUCAAGGACUGUCUUUACAGAUGCUUAGAAUGGGUAAGAUCGGGGUGGACCAGAUGGUCUGGGAAAGCUCCGUGUCCAUGAGGCUUUGGGUUGUAGGUGAGGGCAGGACAGUGCGAUGGGAAACACAUGAACAGAAAGCAAGGAAGCAGAAAUCUGCAUGGCAUGGCCUGAAGAGUACAGUCUUCUUAGAGCAACGUUGUUAAAGAAUCCUUUUCCAGUGCAGUGGUCUACACUGAAACUUUAGUCAUCAGACUGGUCUGGAUGGUGAGGUGGAGCCCAAAGCUGGAAGUCAUCAGGGCUCCUGCCCAUCGCCAGGGGCCUCAUAUUGUCAGCUCAGGCUGUGUGAGGGAGGCAGAGCCCCUGCACCCCUGCAGAACUGGGCUUUCUGCUGGAGAACUCGUACACUCAGGUGCAAAACCAAACCAGCUGAGGAGGCAUGACCCAACCUCACCACCCACCUUUCUCCUCUGGGGAGGGUAGUGUUCAACUGUCUGUGAUCUGUCUGUGCUGAAGUCACAGCUGAAGUUCCUUAGUACAGUGGGCCGCAAAACAGAGUAGCACAAGAGGAGACAAACUGUCAGGCAUGGGUGUUUGGUGCCUGUGUGGAUGGCCUUGCUUAGAACAAGUUAGGUGAAGGGGAGAUGUGGGCCCAUUGUCCGUCCAGGUGCAGCCUGGUUGGAGAGGGAGCAGGAGCAGCAGGGCCAGUAGUCAGCACUUGCCCUUCCCCUCCCCUGGCCGAGCCCACCCCUCAUUUGCCAGUGCUGUGCAGCGCUAAUUGAAAUGCAGUCUACAGAGGGAAUGCAUUCCUUUCUCGUCAUUGUAUUUUAAAGUCACAAACUGGAAAAGGCUCUCACUUCUAGGGACCCACUGUUGAUUUCUAGGUUGUGGGUGGGUGAUAUCAGUAGCCCCAGGCCCUGCAUGUGUAGCCAUCACUUGUUUAUGACUGAUCUACUGUAACCUUCCUCAGGUCGGGUGUGAACCAAUGUGAGCUAGUGACAACUACUGCUACAACUUGCUGUUACUUGAAAUGCAUGUGCUGUGUUGGGAGCACAGGAGUAGGAGGGCAGGGGCUUUGGUGUGGGAGACUGGAUAAGUGGGUGACAGCUGACUCUUAAAGGAGUUUGGGACCAUUGGUGAUGACCUGGGCCUGGUCGUCUGCCUGUGGCCAGAUAAAGUGAGUGUGACACCCUGGAACAGGAGCUGUGCAGGCACGUGGAAGAGAGGCUUGGCCCAGGGGAGCUCGCCUCCACAGCUCCUGCCGCUUCCUGCUUCUCACUGGGGCUGAUCACGUAAGCCCCUUCUUGAGGUUGGGAAUGAUGAGGAGAUAGCUGCAAAUGUCCCUGUCACACAUCCAGGGAGAACUGGGGAGCAGGGGGUGGUUAGAGUUCCCAGACCCAGGGUGAGAGACCAGGGUAGAGCCAGAAGUGCCCUGGGGUGCUGGCCUUGUCAGCCCUCAGCCCUGGGCCCCCAGAAGAGCAUGGCUUGCUCAAAGCCCUCUGGUCCCAGCAGAAAGUGGAGAGAGGGAGAGAUGUUUUCCUUAGGUUAGAUCCUCCCCUUCCCUGCUGCCACUGCCUUAGCUGUGGAGCCCUGAAGUUAGCAGCUGAGGCCUUGGGAUGUAGCUCUGUGGCUGCUGGAAGGAGAUCUGAAAGUCUGUGUGCAUGUGCACGCAUGUGCGUGUGUGUGCGUGUGCGUGUGUAUGUCUUGGUUUGCAGAAGUCUUGCUACCAGUUGGGAUGUUGAGAGCAUCUCCACGGGGGGGAGACCCUGCAUUUGUUUUCCACUUUUAAGAGAAUGACAUGCCCCCUGUCAGCAAGGGAGGAGCUUUUGAGUUAGACAUUUUCCCUAUGGGAAUCCUCUUGGUUUGGUUUGUGGGAAAGGGGGGAACGGAUAAGUGAUUUUUAUCUCUAAUUGUCAACACAGCUGUUCUUACACUGAAUUUGUGCUAUUGCAUACAUGUAGCCAUCUUUCUUUUCACUGCAGCAGUGUUUAUCAGUAGUUCAAAAUGAUUUAUUUGCUCCUGGGGAGUAAAACUUUUUUUAUUAAAAAAGAAAAAGAAAAAAAAAAAAAGAAAGCGUGCCCCCACCUACACUAUGAUAGCUAUAGGAUAUUGGGCCACAAAGGUCAAGUCUGCAAGUCCCUGUGAUAUAUCCUGUUUUGACAUAGGAGCCUCCAUGCUCAGCACAAACGGCAGGAGGCCUUGAGAAAAUGGAGAGUGACGUCUUGGGAGCAGUGAGAUGGGGGUCGGGUCAGAGUCGGGCACUGGGACUCAGGUACUGCAGUUAGAAAAAUAGAGUGAUGUGUUGUAUUGAAAAUACUGAUUCUCUAAUCUGCCAGAAAAACACCUUUCCUUACAUGCAGAUUUCAUGUUGUCUUUGUCCUUUUCAUUGCUUCUUGACCUUCCUAGUAGGUGUCACCCAGUUUCUUCCUGUGUCCCUUCCUGUCCUCUCUACACCUUCUCCCAUCCCUUCCUGCUCCCAUCUACCUCCCAGGAAUCCAGUCCUGCAUGCUGAGUUUGUGACAUGCCUUCAUUCCCAUUUCAUCUUUAGAGGGUUUAGAGGGUACUUGGAACCGCUCCCUUUCCCUUGCCUAUCCCCUCUUCUGCAAUGCCAGGAGGCAUCGAGGGGCAGGCAGAAAGCAGCCAGCCGUGGUGGGAAGACAUGAUGCGUGUUUGGUUGCAGCUGGACUGCGAUCGUAGUUGCUCCUGGAGAUAGAGCGUAAGGAAGGCUUAGGACACUCUUGCUCAGAAUCCGGGAUAAUCACAAACCACAGAGCCCCUCUCAGAGCUGCGUCCUUAGCUGCCUAGCCGGCUCAGGGAGCGGGAAGGCUGGUCUGAAUACUCCACCUCCGGUGCUCCCUUGGACAGGGACCUGCCCCUCACUCUUGGGCCCAGAACCUUGUCCAGGGGACAAGCAGGGUCCAGGCACCACUCUGGGUAAACUGGUUGUUGGAAUGCCCACACUGGUGCUGCCCAUGGCACAACCACUGCUGUACAUUUUUGGUUGUUUUUUAAGAAACUUGAGGGGUAUCAUUCUGGGCUCGGGGUGGUUGCCAGUUCUUCAUCAGAAGGAGAGCCACACCCCACUGCAGCCACUUCUGUCCACUUUAGCCCCCCUGCCCUCCUCCAAGCCAAAGCGUGGCCUGGCUUUUGUCUUCCCAUUCAGUUGUCCCCCUUUACUCUCCCUUUUUGUGCUUAAUUUAUUAAAAUAGUUGCUGUAUAAUUUAUUUUCAUAAACUAUAAAAAUUACUAAAUGGUUAAAAUAGACUUGCAGGCCAAUCUUAAAUGGGGUGGGAGGGUCUGAGGGUGGGAUGGGAAAGAUGUUUUGAUAUAAACAAAACAAAUGCACUUUGGGUGUGUUUUGGUAUUUUUCUGGGGAUGGAAGGGGUGGGCGUUGGGAUGUCCCUGUAGAUUAGUUCCAGAAUGGGGUGUCUGUAUAUACUGUAUUAAUAGGCAUGUUUGACUCUUGUAAAGGGACAUUAGUAGCUGCUGCAGGUCCUGUUUGGAAACCCCACGUGCAAUUCCCAGUUUUUUGUAAGUGUCAGUGCGGGAGACAUUUGACUCUUGUGUUUGUAUCUCCUUUUUAUGAUUGCUGUACCGACCCAUGUCUUUUUGGGGAGGGGUGAAAAGAGAUUUGAAAUAAAAAUGUUUAGAAAUUA